UGAUGAGAAACAGAUAAUCUAUUACCAUAAAGAUUGCUAUAACAUUUACGAAAUGUUUCAUACAAGAUAUUUUUUACACAAGAUUGUAUAUAAACAUAAUAUUGGCAGAGCAAUUGAUCAUAUGAUAUGUGAUGCACUUGAGGAAGCAAAUCAGUAUUACAAAUUCAAAAAUGCGAUCCGUGAUCCUGAAAAAUAUAUGCGACUUAGUGAUUCUAUUUUUUAUGAAAUCGAAUAUUUGGACAAAAUCAAAAAUGCAAUCCGGGACAAAAUCAAAAACGCAAUCCGUAAUACUGAAAAUUUGGAGCGACUCGACCCCGAUUGUUCUAUUAGUGAUGUAGCAACCUACUUAAUGAAAUGCAUAUUUAAUGACAUCCGUAAUCCUGAAAACUCUAAGCGACUCGACUCCAAUAGUUCUAUGGCUGAUGUAAUAGACCUUUUAAUAGGCUUUCUAAUACCGAGUAACAGUCAAGUACUAAAUGACAGCCAAGAAACAAGUGACAGACAAAUAAUGGAUGACAGCCAAGAAGUACCGAGUAACAGCCAAGUACUAGAUGACAGCCAAGAAACAAGUGACAGACAAAUAAUGGAUGACAGCCAAGAAGUACCGAGUAACAGCCAAGUACUAGAUGACAGCCAAGAAACAAGUGACAGACAAAUAAUGGAUGACAGCCAAGAAGUACUGAGUAACAGCCAAGUACUAGAUGACAGUCAAAUACUAGUUGACAACCAAGAAGCACCAAGUAACGACGAUAAAUUGAAAAAAUCGAGAGAUAUUUUGGAUAGGAUUAGGCGGAGGGAUUUAUACAAAUUUGUAAUCGAAUAUAAAAUUCCACUUGAUCAAGAAUUGGAAACAAAUAAUAUUGAGAAGGAUAAAAUUGAGAAGGAUGAAACUGAGAAGACCAUUCAAAAGUAUCUUGAAAGGUAUCGCAAUGGCAUCACUAAUGAAAAAAUUGCUGAUAAGAAUCCUGGUAGAUUAAAUAAAGAUUACAUAAUAGUCGACUGGCUAACGCUCGAUUAUGGAAAAGGAAGAGAUAAUCCAGUAGAUAACGUCACAUUUUAUGAUAAAAAUUAUAAGGAAAAAUCCUUUAAACGUUCAGAAGUUAGCGACCUUCUUCCAAAAGUAUACUGUGAAGAAAUAGUUCGCAUAUACACACGAAAAAAUGACAAGCAAAUGAUUGAGCGAAUUGAAUAUGCUUUUCGUGAAGUAUUAAAAGAAUUAAAAUCAACCGAAAUGAUGGACACAGGAGAGUGA